CCCUCCAUGUUCCCUUAGGAAGGAAGAGAAUCUAUCUCACCAUCUAGAAAGAGAGAAACAAAGAGAUGAGGAACCAGAGGCAAGCUCCUAUCACUUGCUCCUCUUCAAAGACCAACAACACCAAGCGAGAGGAGCCACACCUCUCAGGGGCUUACAUUAGGAGCCUUGUGAAGCAUCUUAGCUCCUCAUCCACGGCAAGAUCCAAAGACCACCAUCACAUCACCAUGGGCAGCAAAUCACACCAAGAAGAGCAACAAGCCCCACAAACCACACCAUCAUCUCUACAGCAACAGCAGCCACACAAGAAGCAGGUGAGGAGGAGGCUCCACACGAGCAGGCCAUACCAGGAGAGGCUACUCAACAUGGCGGAGGCCAGGCGAGAGAUCGUCAACGCUCUCAAGAUCCACAGAGCCUCCAUGAGAGAAGCCAAGGAGCAGCAGCAACAUCAACAACUUGUGCAACAAUUGCAGCAUCAGCAAGAGGUCCAGGUAGUGCAAGAUCAUAGGGUAGCUUUUAGUGCACCCAGCAUGAGCUCAUAUGGUUCCUUCUCAGAUUACUUGCACAGCAAUACGCCAUUUGCACACACCACAGCAACAAGCAACAGUGGUUGCUCAUAUUAUUCAUCUCCUCCACUCCUCCCUUACCACACACCAGUAGUUGCACCCAUGGUUCCCAUGGUAGAUGCUUUAGAUCAGUUGCUGCCGCUGCCUACGCAGCCACUAGGGCUUAUCCUGACCUUCGAUGGCUUCGGUGGUGGUGUUGCUGCCGAAGAUGCCAAGAACUGCACUGCUACUAGCCCCUUUGAUCCUCCUUCUUUGGUCCAACAAGCAUCACCCGCCUCCUCCUACUCUGUCUACUCCUCUCCGCCGCCGGCGACGAUGGUGAGCCAGGACAUGGCGCCCGUUGCUGCCGAGAACACCUCACAGUCGCUGCACCGGGUGCUGGACGAGGAGGAGAUGGCCGCGAUCCACUCGGCCGGGGAGCGGCAUGACAUCGAGUGGAGCGAUACCGUGAACCUGGCCACGUCGGCGUGGUGGAGCAGGCUACUCGAGAGCGUGGAAGGCGGCGGAGGCGACGACGGGGCCACGGCGGCGCAGCAGACUAACACGGUGGACGCCAUGGGGAUGCAUCUGAGUGAUGAGUACUACGGCCAAGACGCGUCCUUUCCAUGUAUGGACAUCGGAGAGAUCGAAGGAUGGGACGCCGAGUGGUUCUCAUGACAUGCCGUCCAUCUUAUCUUAGGGGAGAAUUAACACUUCAUCAUUUCACUGUACCUCAGUCCUCAAAUAAUGGAAAUUAAUGCUCCUAUUCAGAUUGCAAA